GUCCUUGCUCGCUCGGCCCGGUCUCGGUGGCGGUCCAGUCGCCAUGGGUCGCUCGGGGAAAUUGCGGUCCGGCGUCUCGGCGAAGUUGAAGCGCUGGAAGAAAGGCCACAGCAGCGACAGCAACCCCGCCACUUGCCACCACCGCCAGGCUGCCCGCAGCCGCUUCUUCAGCCAGCCCUCAGGAAAGAGUCACCUGACCGUUGAUGCUCUGAAGCUGCAUAAUGAGCUGCAGUCAGGGUCGCUGCGCGUGGGCAGAGACGAAGCCCCGGAGACGGCCAUGGAAGACGCGGAGCUGGCCGUCACCGAGAAGUCGUCGGGCACCUUCCUGAGCGGCCUCUCGGACUGCACGAACGUCACCUUCAGCAAAGUGCAGCGCUUCUGGGAGUCCAACUCUGCGGCCCACAAGGAGAUCUGUGCUGUCCUGGCUGCCGUCACCGAGGUGAUCCGCUCCCAGGGAGGGAAGGAGACGGAGACCGAGUACUUUGCAGCUCUGAUGACAACGAUGGAGGCAGUGGAGUCCCCCGAGUCUCUGGCGGCCGUGGCUUACCUGCUGAACCUUGUCCUCAGGCGUGUGCCCAGCCCGGUCCUCAUGAAGAAGUUCUCCGACACCUCCAAAGCCUUCAUGGACAUCCUGUCAGCCCAGGCCAGCCCCGGCAGCUCCACCUCCGCCCUCCGAUGGGUCCUCUCCUGCCUGGCCACCCUGCUGCGGAAGCAGAACCUGGAGUCCUGGAGCUACCCGGUGACCCUGCAGGUGUUCCACGGGCUGCUGAGCUUCACCGUGCACGCCAAGCCCAAGGUCCGGAAGGCAGCCCAGCAUGGUGUGUGCAUGGUGCUCAAGGGCAGUGAGUUCAUGUUUGGGGAGAAGGCCCCUGCCCAUCAUCCAGCCGCCAUCUCCACUGCCCAGUUCUGCAUCCAGGAGAUUGAGAAGUCCGGAGGCUCCAAGGAGGCUACCACCACGCUGCACAUGCUGACGCUGCUCAAGGACCUGAUGGCCAGCUUCCCGGAGGGCCUGGUCAAGAGCUGCAGCGAGACGUUCCUCAGGGUCAUGACCUUGAGCCACGUGCUGGUGACCGCUUGUGCCAUGCAGGCCUUUCACAGCCUCUUCCAUGCCAGGCCUGGCCCAGGCACCCUGUCGGCAGAGCUCAACGCCCAGAUCAUUACGGCCUUGUACGACUACGUCCCCAGCGAGAACGACUUGCAGCCCCUUCUGGCCUGGCUGAAGGUCAUGGAGAAAGCCCAUAUCAACCUGGUCCGGCUGCAGCGGGACCUGGGGCUGGGCCACCUCCCUCGCCUUUUUGUAACCGCGAUGACCUGCCUCCUUUCCCCGUACUCGCAGGUGGUGGCCGCAGCCACCCAGAGCCUCAAGGAGAUCCUCACAGAAUGUGUUGCUCCGCACAUGGCCGCCAUCGGCUCUGUGACCGCCUCGGCUCCAGCACCCGCCCAGUAUGUCGCCAGGAUGUUCAGGGCCGUGGAGGAAGGCCUGACUUACAAGUUCCACGCAGCCUGGGGCUCCGUGCUGCAGCUGCUGAGCGUCUUCUUCCAGGCGUGCGGGCGGCAGGCCCAUCCUGUGAUGAAGAAGUGCCUCCAGUCCUUGUGCGACUUGCGCCUGUCCCCCCACUUUCCCCACUCAGCCGCGCUGGAUCAGGCCGUGGGGGCUGCCGUGAGCAGCAUGGGACCUGAGGUGGUGCUGCAGGCUGUGCCUCUGGAGAUCGACGGCUCUGAAGAGACCCUGGAUUUCCCACGGAGCUGGCUGCUGCCCGUCAUCCGGGACCAUGUCCGGGAGACUCGGCUUGGCUUCUUCACCACCUACUUCCUGCCUCUGGCGAACACCCUGAAAAGCAAAGCAACGGAGCUGGCCCAGGCGGGCAGCACAGUGGAGUCCAAGAUCUACGACACGCUCCAGUGGCAGAUCUGGACCUUCCUGCCUGGCUUCUGCACGAGGCCCACGGAUGUGGCCACUGCCUUUAAAGGGCUGGCGAGGACGCUGGGCAUGGCUAUUAGCGAGCGCCCAGACCUGAGGGUCACGGUGUGCCAGGCUCUGCGCACCCUCAUCACCAAGGGCUGUGAGGCAGCGGCUGACCGUGCUGAAGUGAGCCGCUUUGCCAAGAACUUCCUGCCAAUCCUUUUCAACCUGUACGGACAGCCCGUUGCCCCCGGAGACACCCCAGCCCCUCGCCGGGUCAUGCUGGAAACCAUCAAAACGUACCUCACCAUAACCGAGCCCCAGCUGGUGAACGGCUUCAUGGAAAAAGCCAGCGAGAAGGUGCUUGACCCCGCCAGCUCUGACUUCACCAGGUUGUCUGUCCUGGACCUGGUGGUGGCCCUGGCUCCUCAUGCUGACGAAGCUGCCAUCAGCAAGCUGUACUCCACUAUCCGCCCCUACCUGGAGAGCAAGGAGCACGGGGUGCAGAAGAAGGCCUACCGUGUGCUGGAGGAGGUGUGUGCCAGCCCGCAGGGCCCGUGUGCCCAAUUCGUGCAGAGCCACCUGGACGAUCUGAAGAAGACGCUCCUGGACUCCCUGCGCACCACGGCCUCCCCCGCCAAGAGGCCCCGCCUGAAGUGCCUCAUCCACAUCGUGAAGCAGCUCUCCGGAGAACACGAGGACUUCAUGGCUGCACUGAUUCCAGAGGUCAUCCUGUGCACCAAGGAGGUGUCCGUGGGGGCGAGGAAGAACGCUUUUGCCCUGCUGGUGGAGAUGGGCCAUGCCUUCCUUCGGAUUGGCGAGAAUCAGGAAGAAGCCCUGCAGCGCUUCCUGGUCCUGAUCUACCCCGGCCUCGUGGGCCCAGUGACGACGGUCAGCUGCACCAUCCUGGCUCUGACCCACCUGCUUUUCGAGUUUAAAGAGCUGAUGGGCACCCGCCUAGUGGCGCAGCUGCUGGAGAGUGUGUGCCUGCUUCUGGCCUCCCGCACCCGCGAUGUCGUCAAGUCCGCGCUGGGCUUUGUCAAGGUGGUGGUGGCCGUCAUGGAUGGGGCGCACCUGGCCAAGCAUGUGCAGCUGGUGAUGGACGCCAUCGGGAAGCUCUCGGACGACAUGCGUCGGCACUUCCGCACAAAGCUCCGGAACCUGUUCACCAAGUUCAUCCGCAAGUUCGGGUUUGAGCUUGUGAAGGGGCUGCUGCCAGAGGACUACCACAAAGUCCUGAUCAACAUCCGGAAAGCCGAGGCCCGGGCCAGGCGGCACCGCUCCCUGAGCCAGGCUGCCAUGGAGGAGGAGGAGGAGGAGGAAGAGGAGGAGGAGGAGCCCGCCCAGGGCAAAGGCGACAGCAUUGAGGAGAUUCUGGCUGACUCGGAGGACGACGAGGAGGAGGAGGAGAAGCCAGAAAGGAGCCGGGGCAAGGAGCAGCGGAAGCUGGCUCGGCAGAGGAGCCGGGCGUGGCUGAAAGAGGGUGGCGGGGAUGAGCCCCUCAACUUCUUGGACCCCAAGGUGGCCCAGCGUGUCCUAGCCACGCAGCCCGGGCUGGGCCGGGGCAAGAAGAGGGACCAUGGCUUCAAGGUCAGCGCUGACGGCCGGCUGAUCAUCCAGGAGGACGACGACGGAGACCAGAUGGAGGAGGAGGAGGGCACGAAGGGUGAGGAAGAGGAGGUAGCUGACCUGAUGGAAGAUGUGACCGUCCGGAGUAGAAAAUACCAAAAGCUUAAGCAGCGCCAGGAGGCCGCCGACGAGGAGCUGGAGGUGCCCCCGCAGUACCGAGCUGGAGGCUCUGGCAUCCAUCGCCCUUUGGCCAAGAAAGCCAGGCCUGGGACUGAGUACAAGGCCAAGAAAGCGAAGGGUGACGUGAAGAAGAAGGGUCGGCUGGACCCCUACGCCUACAUCCCCCUCAACAGAACCAAGCUGAACCGCAGGAAGAAGGUGAAGCUGCAGGGUCAGUUCAAAGGCCUGGUGAAAGCUGCCCAGCGGGGCUCCCAGGUGGGACACAAGCUCCGACGAAAGGACCGCCGGCCCUGAAACGUCAAGCCCCGCGCCGCCCUGUGCCGCAGCCGGGGGGCCCCCCUUUCAGCCCCCAGUUUGACUCCAGCUGCAGGAGCUCCCGCCUGGCGUCAGACUGACUGGUUGGCACAGGUCUCCCAUGCCAGGGCCAGGGUACUGGGUGCUCUGGAGGGGAGCCGCCCUGGCGUCUGCAGGUGCAGGUGUGGUCUCGGAGCCUGAGAUGGCCCGCUGGGGCCCGUGCUCCCUUCUGAGCCGGCCUAUGUGACAGAACAGACGGUCCAGGGAUCACCCGCUUAUCACCAUACAUCACUUGGUGGCUCGCAUUGGCCCGGAAUAUGAGAUGUACCAAACUCGGAAUAAACGUGUCCCACCCUGCCCCGCAUUAGCCCCGCCAAUGUUUCCUCACCAGCCCCCUCGAGGGUAAGAACAGCAUUCAGUCCUUGGCUCUUCCCCACCUGCCCCUGCAGCCCUCCUCGCCUUCACAGCCCAGAGCAGAGGGUGACGUUGGUAAGCCAGGGGCAGCAGCACUAGGGACUUGGAGGCGACGGCGGUGGUGGCUGUCAGCUGAGAGCUGGGCACUUGCUGCCCCCAGACAACAUUCUGGGCUGGGCUGGGCACUGAUCCAACCCAGUGUUUACUGAGCCCUGCCACUUGGCACGUGCAGGCCCAUUCUCCUCCCGCCCUGCUGGCUCCUCCUCUUUCCCAGGCCAGAGGCUCCCUGGUCCAGCCCUGGUGGGUUGGCCCAGUCUGGUGCUGUGGAGAGCCCGUGCCCGGGGGCACCUGCUCCUGCAGGGCCUGCUUUCCCUGUAGCCCCACCUCCCCUCCAUACGAGGGAAGAUCACCUUCCUCAGAUUGCCCUCGUCGGAGAUGAGGCUUCCUUCAUCCUGAAUCCCUGAUAGUGUUUGUUCCAGGUUAAUACUCCUGGCUCUGAUAAUACUCCCCGGUCUGGGCCUCUCCUAGCCCUGCCUGUCCUAUGAAACUAGACAACUUAUCCUCUUAGGGCAACUCAAGUCUUAAUUGGAUUCACUGACUGCCCCCCCACCCCAGAUCUGGACACACUCCCCACCACUUAGGGCUAGGAAGCUGGGUAGUACCCCACCUCACCCAGAGGGUGCUGUGUAUAUUGCUGUGUAUAUGCCUUGGUCAUAUGUGGCCUAGAAUUGGACAGGAAGCAAAAUAAAUGAUUCUGAAAAAGUUGGUUCUUUAA